UCUGUAGAAAAAGCUUUUCAUUGAACACGAACGACUUUCCUGAUUUACUUCCGGACAAGACGAAAACAUCAGAACUUUCAUAGUUUUCACUUUAAAACUUUUUUCCAUGAAUCCAGACGGAUAGUAGACCAUUUAUUCUUCAAAAUGAGUAAUCAAAGUGAGCUGACCAAACUAAGUGAUGAAAGUUUAGCCAAACCACCUGAUGAAGUAUUUGAUAUUAUUUGUAAAAUAGGAAGAGGGUCCUAUGGCAGUGUAUAUAAAGCCCUCCAUAAAGAAUCAGGUCAGGUUCUGGCCAUCAAACAGGUACCAGUGGAUACUGAUCUACAGGAAAUCAUUAAAGAAAUAUCCAUCAUGCAACAGUGUGAUAGUCCAUACAUAGUUAAAUAUUAUGGAAGUUACUUCAAAAACACAGACUUAUGGAUCGUAAUGGAAUAUUGUGGAGCAGGAUCUGUAUCAGAUAUAAUGAGAUUACGCAAUAAAACUUUAACAGAAGAUGAGAUAGCUACGCUGAUGUUGGACACAUUACAUGGUUUAAACUAUCUGCAUUCCAGACGAAAAAUUCACCGAGAUAUAAAAGCGGGAAAUAUAUUGCUGAACACUGUGGGGCAUGCCAAGUUGGCAGACUUUGGUGUGGCAGGUCAAUUAACAGAUACAAUGGCCAAAAGAAAUACUGUGAUAGGGACCCCAUAUUGGAUGGCCCCAGAGGUUAUACAAGAGAUAGGCUACGAUUGUGUGGCAGAUAUAUGGAGUUUAGGUAUAACAGCAUUAGAAAUGGCAGAAGGGAAACCCCCAUAUGGAGAUAUACAUCCUAUGAGAGCUAUAUUUAUGAUACCUACCAAGCCACCACCGUCUUUCAGGAACCCAGAUAAAUGGUCAACAGAAUUUAUAGAUUUUGUCUCUAAAUGCCUCGUAAAGAACCCAGAACUCAGAACAACAGCUGAGGAGCUCAUGGAGCAUGAGUUUGUAAAGGCAGCAAAUCCCAGAACAACAUUACAAAAGAUGAUACAAGAAGCUAGAGAAAUACUUGAAAUGCAGGCAGGCAUAACAACAAAUGGAGAUGAUUCGGAGGGAGAAGAUGAAUUAGAGGGUGGAGGGACAAUGGUCAGAGGUGACAAUGAUACAAUGAAAUCACAAGGUUCCAGUACUAAUGGCACAGUAGGGACCUUGGUCGAGUCAGAACUUGGUACCAUGGUGAUAAACGAAGACAGCGAAGACGACGGAACAAUGAAACGUCAUGGGACAGCCACUGCUGGAAAGGAUGAAUAUCGUCCAUCUUAUCUUGACCAUUUUGAGAAGAACGAUAAAGAAAAACAACCUGUAGCUAAACCAACACAACAACCUCAGCAGAUAGCGCCACCAUCAAUGUCGCCAAAAACAGCCACACCCCCUCAUCACUUCCAACGGUCUUUCAUUGAUGGCGAUUUUGAAUUUUUAAGAAACUUGCAGUAUGAAGAACUAGAGGCCAGGUUAGCUGACCUUGACCCUGAAAUGGAGAGAGAGAUAGAUGAACUCCGAGCCAGAUAUCAAGCCAAGCGACAGCCAAUUUUAGAGGCUAUAGACGCUAAGAAAAAUAGACAAAAAUUCAUAUAAACUAAAUUUUGACAGUAUGAUUCUGUAUAUAUUAUACAUGUGAUAAAAAAUGGAAGAGUAUUUGAUUUUGAAAUGUAGUAAAAAUCAGCACAGUGCAUUUUUUUAGAAAAAAUCUUUUUAUACCAAUAAGAUUUAUUACAUGAAAAGGCCAGAUUAAUAAAAAAAAAUAAUGCAAACCAAACUAUUUUCGCGAAUGAUUUUUUUUCACGACUUUUGCAAGCAGAGAUUGAGAGAAAUAAUGCGAUUAUGAAUCAUCACAAAUAUGUAAAAAAUUUUAUCUUUACUUAUUUAAUACAUCAAGCAAAUUUGAAAAUAGUGAAAUUAAAUAGCUGUAAAAGGGCUGGUAAGGAAUAAAAGCGAAAGAAAGUAUCUGCAAACAAUAAGUUGGUUUACAGUAUAUAUAGAUAUAUACUUUUUACUCAAGAGCAAUAACUCUUGCACUAGUGGAAGAUAAUUCGCAAUUACAUAAGUUUUGAAAAACUUAUUUCUUAAAACUGUGUAUACUUAUAAAUGAAAAUACUAAAUAGCAUAUAUGCCUGGGACAAUCACAAAAGUUCAAAGGUUAUCUAUAAAUAUGCAAUCCAUCAGUCUUCCAUAUGAUUGAAUCUUUAAUAUGUAGAUCUCUUACAGUGAGAAAGAAUUGAUAUGAAACAUGUGGUUUCCCUGCAUUUUUUAUUUUGUUAAAUUGUGAUUGCUUCUUCUAUAGAUAUAACAAGAUACCUUAAGUAUCUAACCUUUUUUUCUGAAUUUUAUGUUUUGAGUUCUGAAAGUUUUAUGACUGAUAGGCUGCCUGUAAUGCUGAGUUCAUUUGUAAAUUUUGUGGUAAGUGUGUUUAGUCAGCACUUGAUUGUACAGCCUAGCAUUGACCUGGGGAAUUUAAGACCUAAUCCAAUCAUUGAGCAAAUUAGCUAGGAAAUCAACCAUUCAAAUUAUAAGGUGUACAGUCUGCACUGUUAGCCACUAGUCCGAUGCCCCAGACUAGUAAAAUUUCUUUUUGAGUAGUGAGUUUUUAUGCAAAACAAUGUUUGGACAAAUAAGAAAAAUGUCUUAAUAUUGGUCUUCAGACUAGUAGUUGAAAGAGUUUUUGGUGCAGACUGGCGUAUGUCAGUUACUCAUUAGAAUAGGCUUACCCUUGGUCUAAUGCCCUGUACCAAUAUAAAAAUGACUGCCAUAAGAAUUAUUUUAUAGCUGACCGUGCAAGGGCUGUAUAGCCAGUCAACGUCGUUAAAAACUCCCAUCAUCAUGAAUUAUAAGUUUUUAAUAUAAAUGAACAAUGUGAAUUAUGUCUCUUUUAUCUAAAAUCAAAAGGAAAAUGAAGGGGGAUUUUUUUUACUAUAUAUUCUCCAAGAAAAAUUAAGAUAUGUUCAUGGUGUGUAAAAGAUAUUACUGCUGUCUUUAAGAAAAAAUUACCAGGCAAAAGGCAAUAAUCUGAUAUAUUUUGCAAAUACGUGUUUUGAAUUAGCAAUACAUUGUUAAAUUAUUUAACUACUAUUCAAAUCUUUUGUAUUUAAGAUUUUUUUUCUAUGUACCAUUUCAACCAUUAUUUUUCUUUUUCUAAAAUCUGUGUUUUCUCUUGCUAUUUUGCAGUGACAUUUUGAUUUUGAAAAAUAGGUGUAUAAAAGUUUGUCUAGUCAAAUUAUUGUCGUGGAAACAGAAUUUGUUGUUAAAAUAUCAUGUUUUAAAGUUGUCAUUUGAAAAAUUUGCAUUUAUUGUAUAAUAAAAUGCUGAGCAUUUAAAGAUUUAUAAUUGUGGAUUUAAAUAAAUAUAUGUUCUGUUAUGUGUUUCUAUGUAAACAGGAUGUGAUUUGUGUGGUUUUCAGUCCUUUUUAGUUUAAUUAGAAAAUAUAUGUCUUGUGUCUAGUCAAAGCAUAAUAUUAAAGUAAACUUCGGGCUGUUCCAGAAAAUACUAUGUCCCCCCAGGGACAGCACUUUUUUUUAACCCCCACCACCCACAGAAAUAAAAUUUAAUUAGAACAGCACUCCCUUUGCAUUUUGGUAUUUCAAAUACAACCACCCACAUAAUAUUUUAAAAAAUUGCCUUCCCUGGGGGGGCAUAGUAUUUUCUGGAACAGCCCUUACUGGUGAUUUGAUUAAAUUAUUAAAUUUUGUUAAACAGAUAUGAACAGGAUUCAAAAGAAAUUUUGGAAAAUUUGUUUAAGAUGUUUUUGACAGGUUACAAUUUUAGUAUAUACUUUUGAAAAUAUUACCCAGAAUGCAUUAAAUUUCUGAAAUGCAUCUGUGUAUAAUGUAAUAUUAAGAAAUGUGGAAGUGGGGAGGGUUUUAAUUAAGUAGUGUAUCAAUGAAAACUGGAAAUAAAUAGCUUUUUUUUUUUUUAAUAAACAAUUUUACAUUCAAUAAAGUUUUGGUGUAUAAAUAUUAUUUGAUCUAUAAUUUUAAUAUGUAAAUAACAAAUGUAUAUUGUCAUUUUACUUCUUGGUAUCAUUUGUCAUAUGAUUGUUUGAUAAAACACUUGAAUGAUAGUGAUUUUAAAUAUGUAAAUUAGAGCAACCAAGAAAAUAUUUUUUAGUUCUAACAUUUAUUAUUUUGGGAUUGUUUAUUAAUGUUUUUGUUUUUAUUGUGUUAUAAAUAUAAUGAUUAAAUCAUUAUUUGUCUUAGCCAUUUUCGAGAAAAAUUUUUGAAUCAAUAGAUUGUUUUUUUACACAAAUCACAUGAUUUAUUUAUCAUCAGUUCUAGGGAUAGUUUAUGACAGGGGAGGGUAAUUGGAGUUAGCUCCACAUGGAUAAAGAAAAAUAACCAUUGUUUUGCUGUUUUUUAAUGUAAGGUAAAUUAUUCUUCUUUCAGCACAAAUAAAUAAAGUAUUUUUAAAGAUCAUAAAGUCGUGAAGAAAUACCUUGUUCAACAAGAUACCAUUGUUUCAUCUUUUAUGUUGUUUAUGGUUAAUUUUGUCGUCAAAGAUAAUUUUAUCCAUCAAUCUUUAUCAAGAUCACUUCUCAAAAAAAUAAAAAGUAAAGUAUAGUUGAGCUGCUUGGGAUAGAAAUUGACCUUAUGCAAGUGAAAGUAUAUUUGAGCUGCUUGGGAUAGAAAUCGACCUUAUCAUAUGCAAGUAAAAGUAUACAUGUACAUAUGUAAGACUUUGAUUGGUUUUGGAACAUUCAAAUUCGAUAUCAAAGAAUAUUGGUCUGUGUUUUAAGGUUUCUUAUAUAAAAUCAAUUUCCAAUCUGUUACAGACUCUGCAUAGAUAUUUUUUUAUACAAAAUAAGUUUACAGAUGUUUUGCACCACUGGGUAGAUGCCACAGCUGGUGGACGUUUCAUCCCUGAGGGUAUCACCAGCCUAGUAUAUAUCAGUGAAUAUCAAUAAUGUGGUCAUUAUUAUAAAUUUCCUGUUUACAAAGAUUUGAAUUUUUCGCAAAACUAAGGAUUUUCUUAUCCCAGGCGUAGAUUACCUAAGCUGUAUUUGGCACAACUUUUUGAAAUAUUGGAUCCUCAAUGCUCUUCAACUUUGUACUUUGUUUGGGUUUAUAAAUAUUUUGAUAUGAGCGUCACUGAUGCGUCUUAUGUAGACGAAACGCGCGUCUGGCGUACUAAAUUAUAAUCCUGGUACCUUUGAUAACUAUUUACAUAAGGUGGAUUUCUAUCCGAUGCAACUCAGUAAUUGAUAAAAGUUUUAUUUUUAUUCGAUGAAUAUUUCUGCCUAUUAUCGUUGAUUAUUGAUUGUGUCUAUUUAGAGUACAUGUAUUUAUCACUCGUGAAGUAUUCAUGAGCAUAUCAUUUUGAAAUAAAAUUGAUGCAAUAUUUUCCCAA